CGGCGUUCGCUACUUCUGCUAGAGUUGUUGAUCGGUUACAACGCGCAGUAGCUUCAAUACGACAUUCUGUAUGUUUCUUCUUAUAGUCUCUGAAUUAAGAAGAGUACGUUUUAAUGAAUUGACAUUAACACGUUCACGAGAAAUUCGUAUGUUCAAAUAAAAAUGAUGAGGGAGCCGUGCUCACUUUAAUACUGCGUAACGAGUGAAGAAAUAAACGAGAUAAAUCUAACGAAUUGGGGGAACGAGUUUGAAGUCGAGUAUCUACAUUGGCAAUGCCUUGUUGCUGUGUCAUAGGAUGUCACAACAGAGCAGAAAAAGGGCACAAACUCUAUAAAUUGCCCCAAGGAAGUAAAAACAGCACCAGGAGGAGACAAUGGAUAGAAAAUAUCAAGAGAGAUCCAUUGCCACUGCAUGCAUAUGUUUGCCAAGAUCACUUUACGAACGAUCAGUUUGAACUGAGAAGAGCGGAUCAUAAGAAAUUAUUAAAAUGGAAUGCCGUUCCCACCGUAUUCCCUCAUAAUAAAACAGACAUGAACAGAAUGCCCAGGCAAACGGAAAUGGUCACAACUGCCCUUGACUGCAACGAUUUAUCGGAGGAGAUUAUCAUGGAAAACAUGAAGCUAGAAUCUAGAGUGAAACAAGAAAUAAAUGUCAGGAAUACUAGGAGUAACGGCGACUCGGACGAAGUAGCAGCUUUAAAGAGUGAACUGAAUUCCUCCCGCAAGCAAAUACGCACUCUAAAGACUAUUAUAUCCCAGCUGCAGGCGAUUAUAGAGAGAUUAGUAGACGAGAAUUACGUAGACGAAAUAAAUGAUCCCGUGUAAAGGACUCGAUGCUUGUUUUCUUAUGCUUGGAAUCGGCUUAAGUGCUCUUCAGAUUGUUCUUUAGGUGCUAUUAAUCAAAAAGAAAAAUCUUUAUCUUAAGACUAAUUAAGAAAAGAUACUCUUGAUAUAGAAAUAUUCAAAACGCUCUUACAAUGAUGAAAACACCUCUAAAGUGACUUAAAAAUUGGCGGAAAGGCUACGUUGAAGGCGCUUUUAUCGUUGUAAGCUUCUGAAUAUUCUGAAUAUAAGCCAUAUGCGAUAUUCGGGUUUCCCGCGAGAGCGGUCGAUGCCCGUUCGAUAGAGUCGCCCAGCGAUGGGCGCGGGAUCAUGAGAUUCUGAUUGAUCUCGAGAAAGGAGAUGGGCAGGAAUUCGGUUGAUAAAGUACACUGCACUUUCGAGUAACAAUUUUUCUUUUUCUUUAUUGUUGAUUGAAGUCAAUUUCACUUCAAGUCGGGAGCUCGGAGAGCGAUAACAAUUACGAAACCAACAAAUAACAGUUCACGAAAAUAACUUAUUUGUCACGACUCGAAAAUAAGGCUUUCAAUACUUUGAAGAAAACGGAGCGGUUUAGAAAGCUUUAGCUACCUCCCAUUCUUCUGUUGGUAGUCAUUCUUCAGUCAUUUUAUUACUGUCGCACUCUGUGUUCAAAACGGCGUGGUGCACUUGGCCAAAUAAAACAAACUGCGAAAAAUGGCGGACGAGAACGAGGAUCAGUGGUUGUACGGGGACUCGGCGGACGCGAAGGAGUACACGCCGGUGAGCACACAAGCGGACGUUCAGCAUGAUGAUUCAACGCCCGGUAAGACUCAGGAAAAGGCCCAGCCUCAGGAGGAACAAGGUUCCGCAGAGGUUCCCAGCGAGACCCCGUCUGAGGUGCAGGAUGAUGCUGGCUCCCCUGUUGGCGGUGGCGAGGAAUCCUUGCAAAAUAAUAUGCAAGAAGAGGCCAAUGCGGAUGCGAAUAAAAAUGGAACGAGGGAAGCCUCGAGCCAAGAGGACGGCGAGGCGCCGAGCGACUCCGAUUCGGACGACGACGUGCAUGUCGUCAUCGGGGACAUCAAGUCGACGCCGGCGUAUGGCAGCCUGAAUAUCAAGAGAGGAGGAUUGUUAACUAGUGCAUCCGGUGUGCCGGAUAAGCUCAACAAGCAGCCUGGGAAGUUCAGUAUAGAUGAAUUCGAGACCAUCGGAGUCAUCAAUGGAAUACCGGCUCAUGAGUUCAACCUCGAUCAACUGGAGGAUAAGCCGUGGCGGCAGCCUGGCGCGGACAUUACAGACUACUUUAACUACGGCUUUAACGAGGAGACGUGGAGGGCGUACUGCGAGCGUCAAAAGCGAAUGCGUAGUGAGUCCGGUGUGGGAUUGAUCCUAAACGCGGGCGGCGGUGGUGGCAAUCCAGGCGGCAUGCGAGUGCCCCAAGUAGCGAUAACCAAUGACAAUAGCAAGUACUCGGGUAUUAUGGGUCCCAAGAGAGCCGGCCCACCUCCGGGACGGAAAAUGGCAGGAACUAUAGAUGUUAUCGGCAGUUCCGGUUUGGCCUCUAGGCGGAAUCUCGAUAAAUCUCCACCGAAGGGUAACGUUAUACAGGUGAUGACUGCCGAUAGGAGGGAAUAUUCGAGGAAACCCGGUUUCCCCGACAUGAGCGUGCCACCACCCGGAGCGGGCAUGCCGCCGUUCGACAUGCCGCCGCCGGGAUACACUGGAGAACCUACGCCGUUCUACAUGCCGGAAGCAGACCCCUAUUAUCACAGCUACGAGCCUACACAGGAUAAUCAAUGGGGCAAUGAUCCGACAUGGCAGCCGACGAAUCUAGCGAUCCCGAUGACCGAGGACGAGGAUGAUAAGGACGCGGGACCCAAGACGAUACCCACGAUGGUCCCACCAACGUCCAUUCCUCCACUGAUGCAGUCGCGUGAUCCACGCGACGGCAGAGAUCGCGAGCGAGACAGAGACAGGGAUCGGGACCGAGAAAUGGAUUCUAUGAGCAGAGACAGAGACAGGGAUAAGGACAGGGAUCGUGAUCGUGACAGGGAGAAGGAUUCCAUGAUGAGGGACCGCGAUCGAGAUAGGGAUUCGAUGACUAGGGAUGAGGACCGGGAGCGCGAUCGAUCGAGAUCGCAAUAUCGGCAUAAAGAUCGGCAUCGGCAUCGUUCGAGAUCCCGAUCUCGCAGGCACAAAUCGAGAUCCAGGAGCCCAAGCCGACGCAAGAAGAAAUCAAGACGCUCAGAUAGGGAACGCUCUAAAGAGGAGAGUGAAUAAAGAACGAUUAUAAUGUAUACAAGUAAUCCUCACAUCUUAAUUUACAAUUAUGUCGUAACGGAACACAAUUUACACAUUAGGAAGUAAUAGUUUUUCAUAAAAUGAAUUAACGUUUGUUCUCCUGGUCGUCACCGGGAGUGAAUAUAUGCAUUAAUACAAUAAAUAUUAUAUGCACGAAGUUAAUUGUAAGAUACAUCGAGAGACGAUUGUACAGCUUUUCGCAAGAAUUAUAACUUAUUUUGAUAAGUUAUUAAUGGAAAUAAUAAAAACUGUUGGAGGACUGAUUGCAAAGAUAAAGAAGACAAAGUUAUAUCUUUAUUUAUGUAUUACACUUGAGAUCUAUCAUAAAAUACAUUCCAUUGUAACUUUCACACGUAUUUUCAUCAUACACUUUCUAAGAAUAAUAAAUAAAAUGAUUACAUUUU